GGUAACAAGUGCUCUUGGUGCUAUCUACCUGGGAGCUUCAGUAGCAAAGUAUGAUCUGCCACGUGACUAUGGAAAGAAUGCUCGUGCCUUCUUCACGCACAUCCAGCCUGAAUCCCUCGGAGCUACCAAGGUCGCCACUCCUAAAUUACAGAUGAAGUUCCCCAAGAGCCUCACACCGAAGACUCAGCCUAAGUUCCCACAGAACCACACUGAGGGCAUCCAACAAGAAAAUAAUAUUGAGAAUGGGCACUCAAAUGGUCAUGCUAAUGGGCACUCUAAUGGUCAUGCUAAUGGGCACUCUAAUGGUCAUGCUAAUGGGCACUCUAAUGGUCAUGCUAAUGGGCACUCUAAUGGUCAUGCUAAUGGCCACUCCAAUGGGCAUGCUAAUGGCCACUCUAAUGGUCAUGCUAAUGGCCACUCUAAUGGUCAUGCUAAUGGGCACUCUAAUGGUCAUACUAAUGGUCACUCUAAUGGCCAUUCCAAUGGUUUUGCCAAUGGUCACCAGAACGGUCAUGCCAAUGGACAUUCCAAUGGGAUUUUCACCCUGGCAGCAGAGGGAAGCCUUGUAGACAGCACAAGCCGCUAGUGUGAAUGACAACAUUCUGAGAAUUUGUUUCUCUAGAGUAGGACUUGCAGGAAUAAACAAACAUAACCUCAUUAGCAACCACACAUUACCUUUCAAGGUAGACAGCCUUGACCUUGUUGUGUUUGCCCAAAUUUUUACUGCAGUUUUGAAACCAGUAUACAGUAAUUCAUGUAAUAUAUUAUCAAAGUCAUUGUAUCAAGCUAAAAGGUAAAAAAGAUAUUCAUUUUGGGAUAUAGAAGUCAGUUUUUUAUGUAUACUGAGUAUUUUUUAGGGUAUGAAGCCUAUAAGCAGUUGGGUGUACCAUUUUCAUGUAGGGCUGUUUCCAUUCUUAUGAAUGAAUGGCAUUGCGCUUCAGCUAUGUAAUUUUACGUAGUUUGAAAUACAUUUUGGGCUUUGCCCAUCAAAGAUAUUUAUUUAUGUACUGUGUAAGAGGAAAAUGUUUUAGAUGAAUGUAAAUAAUGUCAAUGUAUUUAAUAUUAUUUUGAUAUAAUUAUGAGAAAAAGACCCCAUAAUUGUUAAUGAAGAUGUUGCUUAUAGUAUGAAAAUAGAUUUUGAAAUGGCUAAUUCUAAUUGCCUUGAAGGAAAUGAUGAUACACAUUGCUCAGGAUUUAUAUGCAGGAUGGUUAUCCUUUACCUAAUUAAAGGAAAAGUAGGAAAGAGUUCUCUACUUGUGACCUGCUUAGUUUUGGACAUAUUUUGUGUUUGUUUUACAUUUAACAUACACAUACCUGAACAUCAUUUGCAUAUCAACAAGGCAAUCAUGCUUCCAUCUACACAUCCAUUUCAUCUUUGAAUGUACUUUCAUAAACAGAAGUAUGAGUCUGUGAUGUGAAAUGUCAAAAUUUCAGUUGAUUAUUUCAUAAUGUAGAUGUUCAUAUAAAAGAGAUGCUUGUGAUGAAAAUCAGUAAGACCUCACUAUUUUGCUCAUGACAUUGUUUAGGAAAAGAUUGAGGCAAAAUCAUUUCAUUCAUUAUUAUGAUCUUAAACUUUGUGUGCUGGGUCUGAAGAAUCAGAUCUGACAGAUUAGCUUCAUAAAGUUCAGUGUUGCAUCUUUCUAUGUACAGUCAGAUGUAGCUCUCCUCUGCCUUGCUUGUGUAUGACACAAAAUACAAGCACUCUGACCAACUUGGUUGGAGAGUCAGUUCAGGAGCAUCAACAAUGUACUUUUUUACUACCAGAGAAUUAUGUAUUUCUAGUAUUCAGUGGUAUAAAAAACAUAUGAAAAUAUAUUGUGAACAAAAUACACUCUAUUCAGAUGCUGCCAACAUUGCACUCUUAUAAUUGUCAGUUUUUAUUUGAAAUAAAUAUUUUACUAAACCUGUUUUGAUGCUCUGCCAUCCAAGAUGUACACUGUUUACAAAAGAAAUAAAGAUUAUUUAAUAGUAAUGGUAAUGAACAUAAACAGACACCUACCUAUUCCAAAAAUAACUUGUUUUUGAAGAAAGAGUUAGGUGGAAUCUUUCCACAGAGUGCCAACCACCUCAUCUAACCAUUAUAGCAGAAAAAAAUUAUGAUUACAUUGUUUUCAGAGUAGCAUAACCAGUUCCACAUUUAACAAAUUAUUGUUAAGUUAUACAUGUAAUGUGUAUAAAUAUGUAGUUUGCAUACUGAGUUGAAUGUUUGACAGUACAUAUAAAGAUAUUUACUUUUUUUCCUGUGUCAGUUAUUUUUAAGAUGUACUCCAUAAUAACUUAGAAUGGAAUUAUGGAGUGGUUGUUUCAAGAGGUUAUUGGAAGAUUUAUUUGUUGUGAAAGCUAAAGAGGUAGUGAUUGCAUUUUGCACUGUUUAAUGGUUUCUGAAAUGUGAAGAUGUAUUUUUUCUGAAAUGUUGAAAGACCUACCCAUAUUAUGAUUACUGUGUAAUAAUCACUGGAAAACAUCUGACUCAAACUUGGCUUUAUUAUAAUGUAUCUUACCAGGGGAUUUCUUAGGUAAGAUUUAUAUUACUGCAAUUUCAUAGAAUCGAGAUACAGUGUAAAAUCUUCCUCAUACUUCCUCAACUUGGUUUUAUAAGUAAGAUUCAUCUUUAUAUCAGCUGCUGCUCUUGAGUGUGUAAUAUGUUUGAACAGGUUGUUCAACAUAAUUCCCCGUAUUUGUUCUUGGUAAAGGUUGAAUGAGGAUUUUUUAACAAAAAAAAGUCAAGAAAUACAUAUACGUAAUGUAGAUUUUAUUUAUUUAUUGAUACAAACACAUGCAUGCAUCCUCCCCCCCCCACACACACACACAAAAGACUGAUAUGGGAACAAUGAAGUAUUAUUUUAUUUUCAAAACCAUUUUGUCAGGUUAUGGUAUCAAGUAUGAUAAGUUUUUUGUUUACUAGAUUACUUCAUUCCUUUUUAUCAGUCAAAUAUUUUUUCACUAAAAUAUUGAAAAGAACUUCAUUGACCAAUCCCUCCCAUUUUAUAUUCUAUGAAAUAUAACUUUCAAAUCAUCAUCAUCUCUUUAUUUUAAGCUUUAAUUAUUUUUCCGGUUGCCAUAUAGUACAUUAAGUAAAGCCUUUCAUAUUAGUUUAGAGUCCAGUGAAAUGUAAUUGGAAACAAGAUUAUAAUUUAAAGCAAAAAUACUGAAAGAUAUUACAAAAUCAUGUUAUCUUAUGAAACCCAGGUAAAACACAUACAUAUAUUUCUAGCAAAAGAAAAGGAAACAAAGAUGAAUUCUGCUCAAAGACAUGGUGUAUUAAUACUGUCAAGGCAGCUCCUUGUAUGGAGAACAGCCUUUUAGGUCGUUCACUGGGUUGUGGUCUAAAUAUUAUGUUAUAUUUUUGUUACACUUCAUUUAUGUAAUCUGUAUAUAGAUGCACUCUGUUCUUUUUUUUAUAUAUAUAUAUUUAGAGUGAUUGUGAAUCCUUGUAUCAUGAAAAUUUCAUAUUACCAUUACAAGAUUUUACUCAU